AUGUUCCCGCCGGAGAGUAUCUGGGGCCAGCUAGGCCGUUGGGCGCACAGCAAGGUGCACAUGGAGCCCUGCAUGUUCUUCAACGCGUUGGACAAGGAGGUUGUGCUGCAUCUGAGGGCGUCAACUGCAGCACCCCCAGCAGCUGACAGCGAAACAGCCCCUGUGCCGCUAACAAUGUGGCAGCCUGAGGACUUUCUUCUCCGCCGUGAGCACCCAGCUUACCUGGGCCGGGUGGAGCGGAUCGACACACUCAGUGGCUCGCAACUGGCCUCAUUACGGAGGUUUUACAACCUGUACAGGCCGGCAGCUGCUGAAUGGCCAGCCAACUGUGUGAUUGAGGCGACAGCCAAGUUCCUCCGCUGGGCCUGGGCUGGCCCGCUGGCGCUGGAAGCUGGAAAAUGGUUUCUCUCUCGUCCUGCCCCCGAGGAUCCAACCAUGUGGUUUGGGAGAGUGCAGGGCAUCAUCGCUCACGUUGGACCCGACGGCCGAGAGCGUGUCGUGCUGAUGGCGGAUUGGUUCCCCGCAACAGUUGACACGACCAUGCGGUGCCCAGUGGUGUCGAGCAUGCCAGUCGUUCACCCUGAUGGACCAUGGUGGUUCGCGGAGACUGUUGUGCCGUGGGACUGCUGGGCUCUGCCACACCCCAGGCGUGCUGGAUCGCAGGACAGCAGCCCAUCUGCCACGGAGACGGUAGUGAGGGAGAUGCUCAGCAAGAAGCACGCUGACUUCACUGGGCCGUAUGCCAGCAGGGAACAGAGGGCAGCAGCACCAUUUCUUCCAACGUCCUUCAAGCAAGCACUUACCCAGCUUCAAGAUGUGGGUGGUUGUCGAUGGCCAAGGCUCAUUCGGUACGACAUGUGCCCCUGUGGGUUCAUUUACCGUGGGCCCGAGUAUCGGGGGGCUGAUCAUUGCGGGGGCAUGGUACCUGGCCCGCGGGCAGGCGAGUGGAUUGCCUGUCCAGGGCCCAGCCAUGGCACUGAUGAUUUUGCAGGGGAUGUCAGUGAGGAGGAGGUGGAAGCGGAUGAAGAGCCAGCCAGUGGGCGUGGCCGCCAGCAUGCACGCGAGCUUGAGGAAGAGCUACCUGGUGGACGACGCAGCCGUGGCAGGGGCCGCACUGGGCGAGACGGGGGCCGGGGGUCCCGUGGGGCCGUUACUGCAAACACCCGUGGUGCAGGCGUUGCACGGCGGGGAAGGCGGGGGAGGAGCCCAGUGAAUGCCGUCAGGGGUAAUGCAGUGGGCCAGCCAGGAGUCAUUGCAGGGGAUGUCAGUGAGGAGGAGGUGGAAGCGGAUGAAGAGCCAGCCAGUGGGCGUGGCCGCCAGCAUGCACGCGAGCUUGAGGAAGAGCUACCUGGUGGACGACACAGCCGUGGCAGGGGCCGCACUGGGCGAGACGGGGGCCGGGGGGGUGAGGUGGACGCCCUUGAGCAGCGCGUGGUGGAGGCUGUAUGCCUAGUCGAGCUUUGUCUGUCCGUGAAUGAGAUGGACAUAAAGCUGCACAACCUAUUGCACCUGGUGGAUUCCAUAAAGAACAUCGGGCCCCUUUUUGCGGCAUCCAUGUUCCCGCCGGAGAGUAUCUGGGGCCAGCUAGGCCGUUGGGCGCACAGCAAGGUGCACAUGGAGCCCUGCAUGUUCUUCAACGCGUUAGACAAGGAGGUUGUGCUGCAUCUGAGGGCGUCAACUGCAGCACCCCCAGCAGCUGACAGCGAAACAGCCCCUGUGCCGCUAACAAUGUGGCAGCCUGAGGACUUUCUUCUCCGCCGUGAGCACCCAGCUUACCUGGGCCGGGUGGAGCGGAUCGACACACUCAGUGGCUCGCAACUGGCCUCAUUACGGAGGUUUUACAACCUGUACAGGCCGGCAGCUGCUGAAUGGCCAGCCAACUGUGUGAUUGAGGCGACAGCCAAGUUCCUCCGCUGGGCCUGGGCUGGCCCGCUGGCGCUGGAAGCUGGAAAAUGGUUUCUCUCUCGUCCUGCCCCCGAGGAUCCAACCAUGUGGUUUGGGAGAGUGCAGGGGAGGAGGCGGCAGGGGAAGAAGGCGGCAGGGGAUGAAGGCGGCGGGGAAGAAGGCGGCAGCGGGGCAACACGCGCAUGACGCAUAAACCUAUCCAAAGAACUUCGAACGACUCUCAGACUCUCAUGUGGCGACAUCUAUAGAGGUAGCUACCUCCUGAACCCGGGAAAAUCCCUGCAGGUUAAGCUGACUAGUUUCCCCCUACACCAAGCACUAUCCCUUCUGAGCUCUCAAGGCCACACUACUGGGCUAAAAGACUCGACCGAACCAACCCCGUCCCGGCCCGCCGGCUGUCCAGUCGCCCCUCAGCGGCCGUUUGCCACAAGCCUGCAGCUGGCAGAGCCUGGCGCGGAGGUGUCUGCGAUUGACCGGCGAAGAAGGGAAAGGGAAACUUGUCAAUCCACGAUUGAUUUCUUUUCAGGACUAGCCAGAGACACAAUGGAUUUCAAGCUAAAUUGCGUUCCCCAAUCCACUUCGAACU